GUAGCAAACAUGGCGCGCGGUUUUGCUAAGCUUACAAAAUCAACACCAUGCAUUAAGCGCAUUGAGGAUGUAGUUUACUUAGCUGGUAGCAGACGAAUUCUUUUCUAAUCGGAAAGAAAUUUCCUGCUCUUUGUUCGUACUUGAAAGGAUGCUAGUGAAGACUGCGUGUUUUUGGCGUUUGUGAGGCUGUAGUUUUGGAGCAUCAUAGCCUGUCUGGAAUUAAUGCUAUCCUCGGCGAAAUCCUGACUGUCAAGAUCUUUUGGAGUUGUUCACAUUUCCACUGCAAGAACGCUGAAAAACAUUGUUGGUGCCAAGCUGAUCAGAGAGUACAGCUAUUUGUGUCUACAUGGUUUAUUUUGUUGAUGCGUGAAAAACAGGAUUCCUAACUUGGAAAGCGCACGAAUCUCUUUACGUUGAAACCUUGAUCUGACUGUGUUCGAUCCUUUCCUUCUACUUCAAGAAUUAAAAUCUUAAACUUUUUUUAGAAAUUAGAGACAUCACGAGUGUUUUGAAUCAUUCUACGGUCCAGUGAAGGAAAAUAACUGACUAUGGAGGCAAGCUAUCAAGUAUUGAUGAAGAUUGCUUAAAUAUUACAUAUGGCAAACUGGUAGACCAUUUGUGAAGACUUUAGUUAGAAGGGAAGUGAACACUGGUGCCAUUAAGUUUACUAAAACAAAGGCUCGUUGAAGGUUUCGCGAGAAGCAUUAUAGAUCGCCUCAUUGAAGAAAUAUUCCAGUAGAUUUUUCCAUUCAGUUUUUACAAAUCUGUGUCAAGUGAGUGAGAGAUUUCGUCCAGUCGGUUUCUUCGUUUGAUCACAGUCAGUGUAUGUCGUUCGAUAAACAAUUAACGCAAUAUCGUCGAAGUGUAUUGGAUUCACACGGUGGGCUUUAAAACUCUGGUUAUUCAUAUCCUGCUUUUAUCGUAAUCCAACCAAAGCAAAGAUGGAUUUCGUGUCGAGUUCUCCCGUCUGGGCAAGAAACACAGUGUUGUGUCUCUUCUGGAUUUGCCAGCGACUCGAGGGAAAUCACUAAUAGGCCACGGCGGUUUCAUAAGGUUAGACGUAAACCAAGUUCAAAAGAGUCUACAAUCGACUACCGUCUGGCUAGUUAUAUUCAAAACAUUUUGCUCAAAGCAGCACAUGAGAAAGAUUGUGGCAUAUGUAACAAUGCGAACAUCGCAAAGGAAUAUUACGAAGAAAUCUUCGCGAAAGUAACUUUGUCAAUUUCGUUUAUUUACUUUGAGUGAACCAGCCACAUUUGAUAUAUUUUAAUGGCUUUGAGGACAAAAACCUACCAUAGAAUCGAACAAAACCUUUUCUAAUGUAUAUUGAGUACAGAAUGGCUCAAGCAGAAUUGGUAACACAUUCUUCGAGCGCGUUCACUUCCUUUCACAGACCAAAUGGAACGAUUUUUCCUUCUGGAGCCUCUGGCCAUUGUUCGAACAAACUUCAUAUCGAAGCGCGGAAGAACGCGCUUCGCAGACUCACAAAGAGUCUGGUAAACACGUACAAAAGAUGUGGAUUGAAAGUUCCCGAGACUAAUGAGAAAAAAUCGCGGCAAAAUUCCAAAACUGCUGGAAAUAGCAACAGUGAAGGGGAUUACAAAGUAGUGCUUCAUGAGGAGUUGUGUUCGGCAACCUCGCGGUAUGAAGUACUCGAAUUUCUCGGCCGUGGAACGUUUGGACAAGUUGUAAAAUGUUGGAAGAAAGGAACUAAUGAGCUGUACGCUAUCAAAAUACUAAAGGACCAUCCAUCAUAUGCCCGCCAGGGACAAAUAGAAAUCGGAAUUUUGGCGAAGCUGAGUGCGGAAAACUCAGAGGCAUUUAAUUUCGUGCGUGCAAUUGAGUGUUUUCAGCACAAGAAUCACACUUGUCUGGUUUUUGAGAUGCUUCAGCAAAAUCUCUAUGAUUACCUCAAGCAAUCAAAAUUCAAUCCUCUGCCCUUGAGACACAUUCGACCCAUAGUUCAGCAAGUCCUGGUUGCAUUGUCCAAGUUAAAAUCGCUAGGGCUGAUUCACGCUGAUUUAAAGCCCGAAAAUAUAAUGUUAGUGGAUCCAGAAAAACAGCCCUUUCGCGUGAAGGUCAUAGAUUUUGGCUCUGCUACACAAGUAUCCAAAGCAGUCUGCUCAUCAUAUCUACAAAGUCGAUAUUACAGGUAAGAUUAUUAUUUUUUUCAUAGAAUUUCCUAUACUCGAGGACGAAUAUAAAUUAUUGUUCUGCACUUUCUUUUAUUUUUUAUAUUGUUAAUUUGUUUUUUAAACUUCUAGGUUUACUUUUAUUUUAGUACAGAAAUUCAUUAAAAAAAGGAAUUUUCUUGUUCAUUCUCUUUGGCGAUUUCCUUUGAAAGCUGCUGAUGUAGAUUUCCACUGUUCUAAGCUAAUUUCUGUACGUGAUGUCUUUCAUGUAAUUUGUAGCAUAUCUCAUCUAAUAUACCUCUAAUAUUUUUUUCUUUUGGUUGGAUAUAGGGUAAUCCUUUUCAAAGUGUUGCUUAAUUUUGCAUGCUUUUCUUUCCAUGGCUUAAAUCAGUCAUUGUUACACAUAUGUAGGAUGUUGCUGUGUGUCCUGUUUUGAUCUUGGUGGGUGGCUGAUGCGUCAAUCCUUAAGACUUACAGUUUUUCUUUGGUCCAGUGUAAGUUUUGCAUUUGAAGACAUUAUUAAUCAAAGAACCUACACUUCAAUUAUGGGACAAGCAGCUGAAAGUCUGAAUUUGCCACUGUCUGGAUCUUUUUCAUGCCAGGCCAAUGAAAAAGUUUCUCAAGUACCAAAUUUGCAUUUUCUCAAGAAGAAGGAAUCACAGGAUUGUUUGUGCUUUUGGCGAAAAUUUGGAAGGGUUUUCCCAGAAACCUUGAUGUCUUGUCAUAGAUUUUUGAUGAGGGUAAAUAAAUGGUAGUAAAAUUAAUUUUGAAACUAAUUUUAUAGAUAUUAAAUAUGUUUUAAUAACAUGUACAUGUAAUUUUACCUAAAAGGCCUUUUGAAAAGAAUAAAUAGGUUCAGUAAAUUUGGUUCCCUAAAGCUUAAAAGAAAAUUUCAGACAGCUGCAGCAAACUGGAAAUUAAAAUCCGUUUUCACAUCUGUGUGAAAUUGUAGCACUUACACACAAUUUUAUUAUUUUUAUUUUUUUUAUCUUAAUUGUUUUGAAACUGUGAGGAGAGGUAGCAUGUUGAUCACUCUGCAUGGCUACAGUGUUGUCCUUCACUUUAGCAUGACAGGAAAUUGUACUCAAAAAUAUUUGGUAAAUAAAUCAGGAAGAGGAUGGUGAUAUCAGGAAGGAGUUUUGCAUGGAGAGAUUUAAAGGGGCAGUCAGCUUUUAAAAUGUCCCAAGUUUUUAGUGAUCUAUUAUUUGAAAAAGUAUUUCCUGGGGUUGUAUUAAAAUAAAUCAUGCCAACAGACAGGGGAGGUCACUGUUAAGACAGAAAAUAAUUCAAAAUAAAAUUUGGUAUAUUGUAUUUGAAUUUUUCCUAUGCCUCGUAAAGUGUUGCCAGGGUAUUCCCUUUAGUUACAGCUUAUGUUGUAGCUCUCCAUACAUUGGCUGUUGUCUCUAGAAAAGAAGUCGGGACAUCUGGUAAAUCAAGACAUAUUUAGGAAGGAAUGGGAAUUUUUUGGACUCGUUAGGGUUGUCAAUGCAUUUCUUGCAGCAGUAGUGAGAGAAAUUUGAGUAAUUGAUAUUAUUAUUUUAGUGAGCAUUUUCUCAUUCAUUUUCAUGCAGCAGUGAAAAAUUAGAGGGAAAAAAGUGAAAAAUUAGAUAUUUGUGAGAAAUUGAUUGGUUAACUGUUAAAAUAGUGAAAUUAGUUGACUAGCAAAAAAGUAAAUGGUUUUUCAUGUUUGAUUUUUGUUGCAAAAGUUUGUGUCUAAAACACUAAAUGAGCUGAACCUGUACUCAUCAAUCUCAAAACACAUAGGAACUUGAUCAGGGCUUUUGAUUACAGAGAUUGUUAUGUCCCUGUUGGUUCUCCACAUUUUGACUAGCUUUGUCACCUUUUCAAAAUUUGAAGUGACAUCCAAUGUUAUGAACAGUUUUUGUUCCCAGAGUCAAUUAUAGGGAAAUGAAAUGCUCUAAUUUUUCUAAGUCUGUUUGCUGGCUCUCUCUGAUAAGGACUGUCAAGGCUGGCUUUUUCAAUGAGGUUUUGUUAAUUCAAAGCUUAUUUUAUUCAAAGGGUGAGCUAGAACUCUGGGGUUGUCAAAAUAUAUAUCUUUUAAAACAACACUGGCUUUGAAAAUUAAUAAUAAUGUUUAGUCAUCUCUCUGGAAUGUGUAAGUAAUUAAUUUGUUGUCUUUUUUGUAAGUAAGAGAUCUUUGAAAGUUUUACUAGAUCAUGGAAUUUGAGAAAUGCUUUAUAGAAUAGAUAUGUAUGUAGGGUUUUGUGGUAAAAACCUCUAGAGUUAAGUUGAUGGUUCAAACUGUGUUUGGCCUUUUAACCAAAAAUAAUGACAAAAAAGCCAUUUUUUUAUAUUUGAGUCAGUUUGAUGAUUAUGUGGAUGACACCAAAACUUAAUCAUACCUGUAUUAGCUAUGCUGUUUUGUCUACACUAAGAGCACUUUGGUUGGCAGGCUGGCAGAAAUUCAUUUUUUGAAAGCAUCCAGUGGUUAUUUUAAGAGUUUGAUAGAGUUUCUUUCUAUACAUGUUGUAAUAUUUCAGUCUCCAAAAAAGUAGGUAAAUUUUAGUUCUGUAAACCUAAAAGAAUUUCUGACUUCUUUGUCAUGUAACUAGUAAACCAUUUACAUUAAUGAUGAUCUUUUCACCCCUCACUUCAAAUAUCCCAUAACUUGAGGAACAUUUUUUUGUUCUUUGUACAACGUAGGCUGAACUUUAAGAAAGUUGCUUUGUAUUGUAGUCUCUGUUAAGGGUUUGAAUAAUAUAAUAAGAUAACAAUGAUUAAUAAAAAAAUUUGAUGAUGAUGAUGAUAAUAAUAAUAUAUAAUAAUCAGAAGGAGAACAGCGACCGUGGUUAUAAUAACAAUGAGAUGAAAUAAGUUGUUAUAGUGAAGGUACACUUAUAUUAUUACCCCUGUUGCAAUUGAAAAACUGUUUUCUGAAACAAACCCUCUUUGUUUCCUCCUACUUUAAGUAGUUAUGCAUUGCAUUUUACAAUUUAAAAGAAGACUCAACUGCUAACAGUAUUAAUUUAGUUUGUGUUUAGGAGGUUUGUUUCAAAGAACUCCUGAUCAAACCUUGAAAUUAAUGUUUACAUAGAGCAAAAAAUUAACAGUCUUUGUACAAUUCUGUUGCCCUUGAGGAUCUGUCCUUAAAUGAUUCAUCUAAUUGUUAACUAUUCUUAGACAUGGUACUUUCUUUAUUUAGUUUGAUGUAUUUCUAACAACCUCCUUACCUCUGAACCACAAAGAUUUUUUCAGUGUCUCUGUGAUACAAAAGAGGAGGAACAUUAAUUAUCUACACCAGUCCAAAUAGCUUGACUCCAUAGUGAGCUUGUUAUGUGCUGUUGUAGGGACAUAAUUGAUUACUUAAAACCUCCCCUGUAAGUUUUUUUGUAAUUUGAUCAGCAGUAUAGGGAUUUCAAUUUGCACUAACAGUUUGGAUUGGACCUCUGUUUAAUGAUAGCAAAAUAUUAUAUUUAUGCUGUCACAAGAGAAGAAGAACGCUUCUCUGAAACCUUUCUCACUUUCCUAGAAGCAGAUUUGACAAAGAAAAGCACAAAUCUAAACCUCAAAUCAACUGUUAAUCAUUUCAUUAGUAUAUAUAGCAGUUUGUUUGCUUGGUUUUUUAUUUCCAUUUAUGUUUAUUUUUUUUAUUUUUUUGUCACACUAUGUAUAUUUUUAUUUGUAAGUGUAGACAAAUCUGCAGUAUGAGUGGUGGUGAGUGACUUACAAGCUUUCGGCUCGUGAUUUACAAGCUUUUCUCGUGUUCUCCCAACAUCCCGAGUGGGUUAUCAUGCCGGUAAACCCAUAGAAAGUGUGGUCCAUUGCUUUUAGAAAACAACUUUAAAGCAUGUUUCAACCAAUCAGAGCGCGUGUACUAUCGUAGUUAUUUUAUAACAUCCAAUCUCCAGAAGAUGUCCAUAUUACUCAUCCCCCAUUUUUUAAGCCCCCAAUUCCCCCCCCCUACCCCCAUCCCCUUUGUAAUUCUACCUUCCAUGGGGUGCAUAUGAGUAGUUUCUGGGAGCCACCCAAUGUACAUGUACCAGCAAUAACAGUUUGUGUCUUUCUUCUUCAGGGCCCCUGAGGUUAUCCUUGGUUUGCCAUUUUCUGAAGCUAUUGAUAUGUGGUCUCUAGGAUGUGUAAUUGCAGAGUUAUUUUUAGGAUGGCCACUAUAUCCAGGAUCUUCGGAAUAUGACCAGGUAAUGUUCUUUCAUUUGUAGCAAAAAGUACAGGUAUGUGUCAUUUGUCACUCUAGGGUUAUGGUACAGUGGAACCGUAUUAAUAACAUAACCAGUGGAUGGUGAAAAGUUUGUCAUAGAUGUACAGUAUUUGUAAAUGAGGUAUUUUUAUUGAUGGGGCAGCAGUGCUGCAAGGACAUACAUUUUUAUUCUUUUUAGAAAGGACAUACAUGUAAGUCAUGCCUUACUAAAGCACACUUUAUUUAGUCAGACAAAGGAGAAAGGACGUCUCUUGUAAAUUUUUAGUUUCAGCUCCCCCCCACCCCCAAAAAAGUAAAUAACUGAACUGCUUGAAAAAGAUGCCAAAUUUAGAAUACAAUGUACCAUGUGGAUUUGGGCAUUUUUUCUUGCUAAUUGAGGGGCAGGGAAGAUUUGACAAACGUUAUUAUUUUAAGAGUAGUAGCAAUAUGGAUAACAGGGCUAAAUUGACAUAAUGUAACGUUUCUCAAUUUUUCAUUUGUACAGUUAAAACAUACUUACACUGGGGUCUGUUUUCUACAAUACUAAAAUUCAAAUAAACUAUACAUGUAAAACUUAUUAAUAAUUAUAGCAUUACAGAAUAUACAUGUACAUAAGUUACAGUGAUAUCCAGAUGUACUUCAUGCUGUUAGUGAUAAUUACCCAAAAUAGGUUAGCUAAUUGCAAUGCAACCAUUUAUAAUAAGCUGAGUUUUUCAUAAUGUUAUAAUGUUUCUUUUUACCAGUUGUAUCAACUUGUAAUCUUUCUCAACCAAACUUAUUUUGACAUAUUAUCUUAAUAACAUGCAUGCUGCUAUUUUUUGCAGACAAUUGCAUGUUACAUGUUUGUGUUUUUAAAAUAAUCUUCCCGGUGGCUGUUUUCAGAAUAGCAGGGGGGCUUGGCUUAAAUCCAGGAUUAUCAUCAGGGCUUAAAAUGUUGUUUAGGCUAUAAUUGUUAAUUGUAGUUCUAAGCUUUCAGGAUACUUGAUUUCUCCUGCAACAAAAUGUAAUUCAUCCAAAAACAAGGAAUCCUUGUCUACAGCCAGUUGGGAUUUGGUUAAACCCCAUAUUCUGCAGAGAAAUCAUGGUUACACGUGUUGAUCUUAACAUUAAUUUGUCUUGGACUUUCACACUAAUGAACAAUAAAGCUCUGGGACAAACUUUGAAUUAUCCCUGUAGAGGGAUUUAUUGGAUUUUUCAUUUUUCACGAGCAAAGACAGAGUACACUGCAAUUUUCAUUGAAAAAAUUAAGCAAGAAAUUGUUUCCCUUUCAGAUCCGCUACAUUUCACAGACACAGGGUUUGCCCAAUGACCAUCUUUUAGCAAACGGCUCCAAAAGCUUAAAGUUUUUCAAAAAAGUAGUGAGCACAACAACAGGAUUAUUGGAGUGGAAGAUGAAGGUGAGAUUGUUAUACAAUGUUAAUAUGGUUUUGAGCGUUGAGCUGUCUAUUGCAGUGUGUGAGGGCAUGUAAACAAUACACACAUUUGUUUUGAUGAAGAACAAGAAUUAAUUUUUCUUUGUUCCUAACAGACUGGAAGUGAGCAUGAACGAGAAACCAAAAUUAAGUCACAGGAAGCAAGGAAAUACAUUUUCAACUGUUUGGAUGAGAUGGCACAGGUUAACAUGCCUAGCAAUCUUGUAGGAGAUGAACGUGUAGCUGAAAAGAUUGAUAGGUGGGUCACCUUAAAUUCUGGAUUUCCACAUUUUAUGUUCUGUUUGAUAUUGUUGGCAUUGUUUUAGCUCAGCCACACAAGGACCACAUUUAGAGUCUUCAAAACCCAAUAAGAUCACAGCUUAAAUGACAGACAACCAAUAACAUCAAGAUUAAAUUGAUCAGGUCAAUAUUCAGAGUCAAGUACCAUCAACCGACUUGACUGCAACUUACUUAUUUUGACUAAAUUAAAGAUGACUACCACACAGGUUGUCAACAACAAUCCUAUUCAGGACUGCACUCACCCGACCUAUCCCGUCUUCUUAUGAAGUGGGUUGAAGCCUUUCACAGUUUUAGACUUACCUUAGUUUUGUCAAGCUGUAAAAUUUGUUUUUUUUUUUUUUUGUUUUUUUUUUUUUGCCAUGACAGCAUAUUUUGCCACUCUUCUCUGUUUUUUCAUUCUUUUGCAUAUUUUUCCAUGUUUUUCUGUUUGUUCCCAACAUAUAUAUGCGAAAAGUUUGCGAUGGAACCCAUCAGGAAAUUGAAUAAUUUCAACUUUCAGUGGACAAAAACCUUGUACCAUAAUAUUUUAAAUAAUACCGCAUUCUUUUUUACAUUUUUCAAGGGCUAUAGAUAUAAUGUGUUAUCUGUAAUAACACCAAAGACUAUUUCCCAUGGGAACCCUAGGAAAUAAAUGUCAAAUUUCACAAGAAUUGUGAAAACACAGGUAAAAUUCUGAAAAAUUCAUGUGUAAGAUGUCAUUUUGUGAAAUUUGACAUUCGUUUUCUCAGGCUCCCAUAAGAAAUUUUCUUUGUUGUUAUUACAGAUAACUAAUAUUACAUCUAUAGACGUUGAAAAAUGUAAAACAUGAAUGCAAUAUUGUUUGAAUUAUUCUGGUACGAGGUUUUUGUCCACUGAAAAUUAAAAUUACUCAAUUUCCUGAUGAAUUCCGUCUUAAACCUUCAAGGCCCAAGAGUGACCAACAUCAAUUUGCUCUUAACAAUAUUAAUACAUAAUUAAAAGAAAUGUUUAUCAGAAUAAAUAAAAUGAGCACCUACACUGUAAGGGUAAAUGCUUUGAUGUUUGAACAAAUUCUCUCCACCAAUUUUGUAAUGAAAUGUAUGGAGAUCAGUUUGGAGAAUUUGUAUGUGAAUAUUGGGCUCUAAGAGUGAUCGGCAUCAAAGUGUAAAUAUUAUUUACACUUUGUAACACAGAAUGGUCACAAUUCGGGAUUAAUGGUACUAGAUGAAUUUCAUUGAUAUUUUACAUAACUUCUUCCUACUAGGAGGGCUUGAAAUAAUGACCAGUCAAUAAGCAAUUCCCGGCCAAAAAUACUCUUUGGCGGGUCAAAUCCUUGGAUGGCUAUACUAGACACUUUGCCUGGUUGACUAGGCCUCUAAUGAAAAAAUUUAAUCAGAAAAUUUAACUCAGAAAUUCUCAUUUUAGUAACAGGGGUGGGGCAACCACAAGGCACAGUUUGGUUGCCCAUAGAAUAUUUUGGUUGGAGUUGUCUUAUCGCCUCACUUAUUUCAUGUUUUUGAUCCCAUGGUGAUUUAAUGAAAGGGAGAAUUGCUUUGAUCAUCAUCUUUCUUCGUGGCUUCCAAAUUGUUGAGCAACUUUCACGGCCAAAAAAGAGAUGAAGUAAUAGAUGUUUGUUUGGCCAAAAAUGGGUUGUGUCUGACUAAAAACAGGUUUGAUUGGACAAAUUGACGGGUGCCAUCCUGAAAAUUAUUUCAAGCCUUCUACUAAUUCCAUAGGAAAUGUGUUGGGGUAGCAAAUGAGUAUUUCAAUUUGGUAUUCAGGUUGUAAAGGUGAAACAAAAAUUGUAAACUAUUAGUAGCCAGUAUUAUUUUUAUAAUAAAUAAAUAAACUGGUUGCAGCUGCCAUUUAAUGUGUUGAAAAUUUGUGUGUGUUUUGAAGGUAUCAGUUUACUGAUUUGUUGAAAAGAACACUUGUGAUUGAUCCCGAUAAGAGGAUCACACCAGAUGAAGCCCUCCGGCACCCGUUUAUCACACUUGCUCGUUUGGUGGACUUUGCUCAUUGCAAUACGUAAGUACACUCUAAAGCAAAUUUUAAUUUGCCGUUAGCUCGUAAGGCAUAAACUUUCCAGUGUCACAGAAUAGAACUGCAAGUGAAGUAGAUGAUGAUAUGACAACUCUGAUGUCAGUCAACUGUAUACAUGUAUCAGGGGCCAUAAAAAUGAACCACAACUACAUGGGUACUGCAAAUCCUAGCCUGGAAAAACAGCCGACAUUUUGCGACCCCAAUGGUUUUCUCUCAAAAUGACGUCUGAGAAACAAAUGCAGAAUUUCCAUACCAAGGAUGUGUUACUACCCAGAUCUGUUUAGUGCUCCUGAUUUUAGUAGAGCAUGUGGGAAAUUUGCUUCAGCCAACGAGAAGCACUACCCAAAUCUGGGUAGUGAUGUUAUGUGUUUGUUUCUCACAUGUCAAUUUGCAGGGAAACCAAUGGUGGCGUUGCAACAUCUCAAGCUAAAUUCCCCCGUGCAAAUAAAAUCACUCUUCAAUUAUCCAUCCCUCUCCUUACUACAAAUUGGUGACCUCCUCUCCCCUUGUUAUGUGCUUUUUUUGGCUUAUUAAAGGUGUUUGCUCAGUAAUAGCUAUUUUAGUUUCUGACCAUUUCUUGCCAAACAGAAUUGUUGAUGAUGUCAGAUGAGUAAAGCUGCUAUUAGAAAUUUUCAGUUGCGUACAUAGUUAAUUUUUGUUAUGAAAGCAAUAAACACUGCCAGAAUUUUAAAAACGAGAAGUAAGUUUUCUUUUUGCUUAAAAAUGUUCUUGUACACUGGUAUUAACGAACAGUUUAUGAUGAGAAAUGUACUGGUCUGACAAGUGUAAAAUCUGUUUUCUUAGUUUUAGCUUGGCAGUAAAAAGCAUGCAAGUGUGCCGAUAUAACAGAGGGGUUAAUGAACAAGCAUCACUUCCUGGUGCCUCCUUAUUUGGUCUUACUAGAGCCUCGUCGAGUUCAUAUAUCCAUCUACCAAUAGUGCAAAGUGAGGCCAUGGCAAAUCACGAUAUUACAGGCAGCUUACCACAGCCUUCUGCCGAACAGUUUGCUCCUCAUCCUGGUCUACCUGUGGCACCCCUCCAAACAGUGGUAAGUGUAAGUUGGUUGUAGCUUUGAAUCUUUGGCAUAGCGUUCUUAAGAGAGGGGAGAGGUGGGAGUGGGGUGCAUAGAAAGAAGUGCAUUCCCUUUUCCUUGCCCCCCCCUCCAAGUUUCCUCUUCCUUUGUCCUUUCAAAUGCAAGCUAGGUGUAUCAGAGCUUUCUGUUUUUCCACUCUCAGAUUGGGAGGCAUUGUUUGUACAUAAAAUAUUAAUACUGAAUUCUUGGAUGAAAAUUAUCCAAAAGCAUGACCAUAGUUCAUCAUCAUGACAGUUUUAUUUCCCAAAGUGGUAAAACAGUUUAUGGAAAAUUGAGCUUUUUUUCUCUUUUUUCCCUUUUUGUUCAGCAGCCUAGCCUGCAGCCAUCCACAUCAGAUUUCCUUGGAGCUCAUUACAUUUCCCAGCAUGCAGUGCUCUGUCAGCCUGACAGUACCUCUCCACAAAAACAUAUGUUUGCUUCCCAAGCUUCUUCUCAGCAGGUAAAGUACUACACAAUCACCAACAUAUCGAGCUGGUCUCAACUAUAGGCUGAGAUGCUAGUUAAAAAAGUGUGUUAAAUUUAACUGAGGCCAAAAAUUAAUAGAAGUCUACCCUUGUUGGAGUUCCUUGGAAACAACAUUUCUUCUGGGAAACAAUCUAAAUUUAGCAGAAUUGACUGGGUUGAUUACAAAUACAAAUUAUUUAAGACAAGUCAUAACCUAUUCUUCAAACUAUUCCUAGCUCUAUAGUUGUGUAGCAGUUACUGAAUCUGCAAGAGUAAUGAUGUUAUUAUUUUGAUCUGACUUAAAUCUCUGUGAUAUCCUUCAUGAUGCGCCGGGACAGAAUAUUCGUGUUAUAAAUUUUUAAAGUUUGCUCUGCUGUUAUUUCAGCCCAGACCAGUCGUUGUAUCCAUGGGUAUUCCUCAAGCAACUCUCACACUGCCUGCUGCAGCCUCAUCUGGUCUUUAUGCCAAAGUAUGUCCCUUCUAUGUAUUUGGUUUUGGUUCUUACACUUAUUUUUUAAGGUUGCGGGAGCAACGUCUUUCUUUCUAAGACUAUUCAAAAUCGUAUUAUUCUCCUUAUUGUAACUUAAUUCAGGGAAGAUAUUACAUCUAUCAUGAUUAAAGGUUUGGUUACUAAUGGUGGCAUCGACUGUUAAAAAUUGGCAGACUGUUAACGAAAGGUAGAAAAUGCAGGGAACGGUAGACGAUGGCGCAGUGGUGAGAGCAGUCGCCUCCCACCAAUGGGCCCAUGUUCAAUUAAUGCCACCCCUGGGUUAAGUUUGUUGUUGGUUCUCUCCUUUGCUCUGAGAGGUCUUUCUCCAGGUACUCCUGUUUUCCCCUCACCUCCAAAACCAACUUUUCCAAAUUCCAAUUCUUCCAGUGAUGGAAGACGAAAAAACACUAUGUAGAUGUGCUACCUCUAAAUCGUUAUUAUCAUUAUCAAACACGAAGCAGAGUGUUUCAAUACGUAUGAAACACGGGGAAGAGAGUAGUCAAUGAUUUCUGUUGUCUUUGGCAUUUGAUAAAUGAAUGACUCGAGUGGGAUAUUUUUCAUAGCAAUCCCUCAAGCCUGGUUUCUAGAUAAUCAUUAGCAUCGUCUUGAUCGCUUGGGUCUUCUGAAACUGUAUUCAGGCGAUCAAGAUGACUACAUGAAGAUACCUCUGAUGCAAAGAUCGAGGAGCGGAAUUCAAUCUGAACAAUCAAGGAAACCAGGCUUUAGGUGCCAGUAUUCAAAUGUUUUUCUCUCCGUGUUGUUUCAAAUUUUGGUCACUAAAAUAGCUGUUGUGUUGUUAUUGUCGACAGAGUGUCCCACUUCAAACAUGGACCCCAAAACGUUUUGGAUCAGAUCCUGCGUUACAGGUAACUUUGAACUAUUGUCUCCUGUUAGCGCGGUUUCAUAGUUGGCAAGCCAAAAUGGAUGAAAUAUCGUCUAAUUUUGCAAAUUUUCUACGCCUAGUUCAGUCAAGAUCUAUUAUAGAGAAAAAAGCAGGGGACACUAAAAAAUGGAACUUUCUUACAGAUUGCUCUUAAUAUAUCUCUUGAUAUCGAUUGUUUCCUUUCCCUGACGGUCAAAUACCAAAAAGUAUUUUGAAAGAUUUGUUAAUCUUGUAUUUAACUAGAUAUAUCUGACUGAUUGUACACAAUCAACGUUCGUUUAUUGCUCCUGACGUCUUUUGGGUAGUCGAACUGUACUUUCUUUGAACCUUUUUUUUUUUGUUUGUUUUCUUUGUGUUGUAAUUUAGUUAUUAUUAAUAAAAAAGAAUCGGAGACAUUGUAUUGACUGUGAGGAGGCAGCGUGGCUGAGUGGUUAGAGCGCUGGACGUGCAAUCUAGCAGUCCCGGAUUCCAUUCCAUCACAGUCUCUGCGACUGUGUCAAGAUGCAGAGGCCGUGAAGUAGUUUCUUUUAAUUAAAUACAACUUGACCUCUUCAUUAAGUAUCUGGCCAAAAUUAAGGUUAUUGGAAUUGACAAGAGUUUGAGUGUGUAUGUGAAUCUGGUGUUAGAUAACUAAAGGGGGGAUUUUCGUUAUAGGCAACUUUCGAUUCAAAGUUGUCUUUGAACUAGACUCUGCAUGAAGAGAAUUGUUACAAGUACCUGUACACUGUGUUGUCCUUAACCUUUAUUUUACUAACUGCUUUUUCUGUUUCGUAGCUUUUGCCCCACUGGGCAAGUACAGUUGGUUUGCAAGCUGUUCAGCCAAUUAUACCUGAGAACUUACAAGGAAUGGAUAACCCCAGGUAAAAUGACUAUUAUUAUUCAUCUCUCAACCUACUUGCAACUUCGUUAUUUUUCGCCAACAUUGGCCGUAUUCACAUUAGAGACGAAUUAUCCGCCUGAGAUGGGUUAUCUGUUGGGUAGUUCGCGUCAGACAGAUAAUACGUCCCAAUUUGAAAAUGAAACGGUCUUAAUUUUGGUUGGACAAUCCCCCUGACUUUAUCCAUCUGUUUUCCCGUCAAUUUUGACGGACUCUGAAGAUCGUUUAUCCGUCUCAGACGGAUUUUUCGUCUCUAGUGUGAAAACGACCAUGGGAUUUUAAAUUCCUAUUGCUUCGCGGUUCUUAACCAUGUUUGCGCUUGGUAAUCGCGUGUUCUAUCACCAUUAAGAUUCGCAACGGUAACGACGGAUUUUCAUUCAUUCGUUAACUGGUUUUUGUAGCCAACUUUGGAGAUGCUCUGUUGGUUCUUGUGUCACGCAACUAUCCCCAAAAAUGGGGGACGCUACUUGAAGAAACUCCUCACGCUGCCCAAAACAUACGUCAUGUGAACGGUGUUCUUAGCUACCGAACCGACCACUGACCACUUUCACCGAUGGCACUCUUUGUUGCUAACUCCUUUAUAUUGCAUUUAAAUGCAUUAAUUGUCGGCUAAAAACGUUUCUUAUCUUGUCGGCUUCUAAGUUCAUUCUUGAUCGAUGGUGUGGAACUAACAGUCGUUCUAAAUUUUGUCCUUUAAGGUUGUAAAGGAAAUCAAACCGCAAUGCAGAUGAAUCCCCUCUAGCCAUACUUACGCAUUUGAAUGUUUCUUUUUCAGCAUUUUUGGAAUAGAAAUAUGGGAUCAUUUAAAUUCUCUUUCAGAACACCCUUGUUACUAAAGGUUUUGCUAAAUGAAAUUACUAAUUCCUUUUUGCAGUCGGCCAAAGAAUCCACCUCCAGUAGGUGCUUGGCGAGGAUCAGAUGAUAAUGGCUAUAUUUCAGCGGAACCUAGCCCUGGCAUUUAUCACAUGGUAAGUCAAUGCCGGUAUUUAAUAACUUCAUGGCAGGUGUCAUAUUUUGUAGAGGUCCCGUAAAUGCUCGAAUUAGCGUGGGGGUGCUUAUUUAAUUUUCCGUCAUAUAGAGAUUUCCGUUAAGAAAGAGUUGACUAUAGAUAUGUGUCUGUAAUAUUACGUGUCUGUAAGAAGAUUUCGACAGGUAACUAACUUUGUCAAAAAUAAAAUACCUUUGAAAAUUGUUUGCUCCAAGUUAGCGAGAAGACAACUUGACUUACUGUAAUAAAAUUUUUGCCACUCGGUAAUAACUGUGCACAAAUGGCACGAAGAACGCCCCCUGGAAUAAACACAUGGUAUUGCGCUUAGUGCGAUCAGCAAAUGAUGCCUUUCUAGUCUCCUGGGUUUCUUGCUCGUACGCUAGCGUUAGCGUGGCUUUUUGGUAUCACCUGACUGUGUAGCUGCAAAGUGCAUGUUACUGACUACAUUUCUGUUCUUUUGUUUUGACAGGAUGGAGAUGGCUACGAUCGACCUCGCGAGGUUAGUACACUUCACUUAGUGUUUUAAUGUUUUUAGCUCAGUUUGCAAGCACUGUUCACAGUAUUGUCUUUAUGUAAUCUGCAAGCCCGUAAGCUCUGCAGGUACCUAUUUUUGUAAAGAUUGCAAUAAUUAUACAAAAUGAUAGUACACUUCACUUCGUCUAAAUGCUGUUAAGUUUUUUGUAACUAGAAACGGCUCCUCAACAGUAAAUGGAACAAAACUCUGGAUACCCAAAAGUGAAUAACUUUUUAGAGUCGUUUUCAUGGAUGGUAAUCGUAAGCGCAACUUUGUAUGCGUCUUACAAGCGUAAAUGAACGUAGCCUUGGAUAAAAUUGUACCAUAACAUGCGAUAUACAAUAUACUUAUAUUAAGGAAGUAUUGCCAGUAACACGUUUGUUUAGAGUAACUUGCCCAGUCUUAAAUUCAGUAAUGGUCUCGGUCACUAAAAGCUGUUGUUAUUAUUGUCACAGCCGCGACGUUUGAUCAGUCACGAGUGGUCCCGUCCCGCGGGUUCAGUGCUGUUCUCAGUAAUGCCUGUCAUGCAACAGCCCGUCGCGCCGCCUCCAGUCUGGAGUGGUCCCCACAUCCCCGCCGGCCUGUUACCAUGGCAAUUGUCAACCAAUACGUUUCAAAACGCGUCAAGCGCACGUGCGCCACUUGGACUGUCAGGCGGACAUAGACCUCUGAGGCGAACCGUCUCCUCGCCGGGAAGGCGGAGAUAUAAUGAUAAUAGGACAUAUUUAUUUGGAGAGGUGAACCAAGUUCCUAGCCCCACGGGGUUCAUUCGCGAUGAAAGCGAACCAGUAAACCUGCCAGUAAAGCAGACGUCGUCUCCAAUCGAAAUCCCUGACUCACCCUCCUCCCCCAGUGUCAUUACAGUGUCAAGUUCUAGCGAUGAAAUGGAACCCAACUCGUUGGAAACAAAUAGAACAGAUCACACCUCUCACAGAUUAGAUGACGUUGAAGACGAAGACGUAGACGAGGAUGAACCCGAGCAAUGUGACGUCACGAAGCACGACGAGCUGUGUGAUGGUUUCGGAGAUGACGAAGACGAGGAUGACGAGGAUGAUUGUAUCGUUACGUCAUCAUUUUCAAUUGAAAGCGCAAGUCCCGGAUUAAAUGAAUCUAUGGACCACGCCCACAGUGAUGCCGGCCUUACCAGGGGUAUUUCCACGGAUGAAAUGGUCACGUCCACAACGUACGAGAAUCCGGGGGAUGUUGCGAAUCCGAACGAUCAUGCCAGGAAUUUUAAUGAUGGUAGGAAAGACAAUGCAAUGAUUUACUGCUCUGACACUGAAAGCGCUGACGAGAAGGGAGAAAUAACGGACGUUACAGACAGUUAUCUCCAGCUGAAUAGUAAUACCGGUCAGCCGAAUCCAAUUUCAGUGGCUCCGACGCUCGCUCACAGUCAGCAUUACAGCGCUGAUCAAAUGCAGAAUCCGUUCUUUGGAGCGCAUCAUUUUGAGCACGCAGGACAUCACCGCAGUCCAACUAAAGUGUCUCGUCCAAGCUCCUUGGGCGUGAUUCCCCAGUACGGUCAGCCCGUUGGGCCAAGUUACAUCUCGCCCACCUUAGCGUACCCGCCGUCACAAACUCUUCUUGUCCCUGGCAAUGAAGCUCGCUGCUGUGGCGGAAACGAUUCUUUUUCAGAUUCAAACCCUUUAGUCAUCCUGCCUCCAACGCAUGCGCAGUUUGUGCCACAACCAUUGUACACAGGGGUGGCAAGAAUCUCCACUGCAGGACCAGUGUCUGGUCACGUGCCCUAUUCUUACGUGACUUCAGCAGCGGGCACGGGACCGUCAUACGUGAACCCAGCCCUCCCGCCAAGGCAGGUUCUUUCCCGAGGAGGCUGUCCAGCUUCCAUGCAACCUGGCCUUACCUUAACAGGUGUUGGUUACCAAGCGCCUCCAUCGUUUGUCAGUCAGAGAUAUCAGAAUCCAGUGGUUGGUCCCAUGAAGACUUUUAACGUACUUCCGAAUGGUACGUAUAAUGGGUACGGAGGGUUCAUUUUAAACUCAAGCCCGACCAAGCAGCGGGUGUUUUAUCCAUGAUUGUACAUUUGUUAGUAUUAGCAAUAAUAGUGACCUUUCUGGUUGAAAGGAUUGAGUUAAGAUUGAUUUUGCCAAAUUUUUUAAUCAGUGAAAAUAGAGUAGAACACUCGUCUGCGUACGAAAAACACACUACGUAUGAAGACAAAGCGAAUGAUUCUAAACAUUAAUAAAAGUUUGUUAACGUGUUUUGAGCGAUUUGAAACUGAGUGCAACAGAUUGGAUUCUAUAAUUUAGGAGUGUAAAGAAGUGAUAUAAUGUGAAGGAAGUGAAUUUUAAAACUUAUCUAUGAUAUUAUCAUAGCGAAUGUGAUAGGAUGUACCUGAGCGAGCAACGUAAUCUUAAAGAUUUACAGCUCAACUGCUCUCAUUAAUUUAUCAUACAACGAGACGAAAUAUCUUUGAUGGUUUAUAAAACGGGGUAUUUUAGCUUGUGAAUUUUUAAUUGCAUUCUAGUCUUUUAAAGAAGGGUUAUUUAGUAGUUGAUAUAUUUAUGCUAUUUACGAGAGAGCUUGUUUUUAGGUCAUAUUUGGUGCUGUGCAGUGAGUAGUGAUCACUUAACGACACUUGAGUGUGAAGCCCCCAUGAUAUUUGCCUUUGUAGUGAUGCAAUAGAAAUGUUCGAGAGGUUAAGCAUUUUGUUCACGACUAACGGCGGCUUUCCCUUUGCCGUCAGUAAUCGUCGUGUCUUCUUGUUUAAGCUUCGCGUAUACCCCAGCUAAGGUGAACAUUUAUCUUCACAGUGCCAUACAGUCGACUUUAUGUACACUGAAAUUGCAUUAAAUUCGCUUCCAACAAUCCUAUCACGAGCCUCAUAAAAUAAACCAGCAUUAUAUUGAACUUGAUUGAAUUUCUCACGUUUUUUAUCAACGUGAAAUCCACUCUGUAAAUUGGUGGGGUAAAUUUAUCUCGUAGUCAUCUCAUCCGCUUGUCAUUAGCGCUGUGCCUAAUCUCUCUAUAUCCUACAUUUGAUUCUUAAUAUUUACUAGCCGGAGAAUAAUAAAUAUUAAUAUAAUAAUACGUUCCAUGUAGAUAAUAUCUCAAGGGUGAUGGUUUGCCAUAGUACUCGACAAUCAAUUCAUGUUGUUCUGAGAAGUCUAAUUUAACUUUUUCACAAGGCUUGUGAAAUGAAGACUUUUUAAAUAUCCAUGGCGGUUUUUUCAGAGCCACAGAAUAGCUGGUAAACUGUGUUAGGUAAAAAUAUUUUGACAUAAAAACGUCAAUUCUAAAUAGUUAAAUCUUGAAUCCUUUAUGCCCAUAAUCAGAUCAUCAUAACUUAUUCCUUACCUUUGAUAUAGCAUUAGUAAGGAGAAUCUGCUGAAAUAUGUACCGAAUUUCUUAUGGGUGACUAUAUUGUUAUAAUUCAAUACUUCGACCCUUAUGAUUAAGCAUCAGUAUUUGAUGCUGGUAGUGAACUGUGACUUGGUGCACAUGUUUGCUUGUAGAAUCUGAUUGGUUCUUGGGUGUAUUUGUAUGCGUUCUGACAAACAAACAUGGCAUCUUGGUGAAUUCUAUCUUCAUAGUGGUAGUUGAGUGCUGCUGAAAUUUGCAAAACAAACGUUUGAGUUGGUUUUGAAUGGGAUUUACAUUUUGCUCUAAGACAGAACUGAAAAAUAGGUUUAUAUUUAUAUAUGUCUUGAGAUUGUUGGUUAUUUUCACAUUUCACAGAGGUGUUAUUCUUUUUUAAAUAUUGGUAUUUGUCGGUUCCUGGUUGAAAAAUUUUCAAAAUUCAAAAUUAACACAUUGCAGUAGACAUCUGAGCCAACAGUGGCAAUGAGGCACCCAGGAAAGCUCUUUUGAAAAGAAGACGUUUUUCUUGACAUUUUUUCUUGAGGGUGGUACCGUGUUCUUGAAAGUGGUACGUUGAAUUUUUUAAUAAGUUAUAAAGAAAAUGAUGUCGAACAUGUUUUUAUUUUGUUUGUUUUCUUUAUUUUGUUUAACUAGUGUAACCAGCAGCAUUAAAAAGAACUCGGUGUACGUCAGGGUACCCUCCGUUUUCCGAUUGGUUGGUUGUGAUAUUUAUCUCUUUUGUGAUUAAUUAAUUAUAGAAAUGUUUACAGGCGCCUUGUAUCGCUUGGUUAUAGAAUAUUUCCCUUCUUUGACAUUUUCGACAAAUCUAAACUAAAUGUUUUUGGGCUUGUUACAUUGUAGCCUUUCUUAGAUUUCAUACUGACUGUUUUAAGUAAAGUGAAUUUAUGCGCCAUGAAUCUUCUAUGCAAAUAUCGUAGAAAAUACAAGUUUAACCGGGUGAUAACUUAAAAAAAAAAAAUUGGGAUUGCAAAUCGUGGUUUGUCCGCCUAGGGUAUUAAUACUACAAGUUAAUCUAAAUACAUAUUAUUUAUAGUUUAUUGAUAACUUAAUUAUCCCUCACACUUUGUGACUUGAAAACUCUUUCUAGGGGAGCCAUCGCGCUCAGGCAGUUGAUUACUUAAUUGGUGUCUUUUCGGGUUUCCUCGCUUGGUAUUGCUGUCUACGGCCCUGUGAAAGAGUACUUGAAGUUACGAAUUGUGUGUAUUACUUGGGAGUGUACAAAAUCUAUUUUAUUCUAUAUUCUAAAGCUUAAUUAUCACUCGGAGUUUUAGACUAAUCGUUUUAUGAAUGGUGUUCACUGUAUAUAAAGAACCUUGAUUGAUCUUGAAAGCCCAACAAUGGCUUAGAAUUCUCAAUAAACUUAUUUUUAUUGGUGGGAG